AUGUGCGCUUUCAGAUUAUUGACCAGGUUAUCGAACACCGCCUCUUACGUGAAAACUUCGAAACCCUAUCAGCAUCACACUCUCAGAACCCUUAUUUUGGAGUCUUCACCUUCUCAAUUCGUCAAGCUUCACAAACUCUCUGACGAAGAUUCUGGGAUUGUUGAGGUUAGGUUGGAUAGGCCUGAGGCUAAGAAUGCUAUAGGGAAAGAGAUGCUGCGUGGUUUAAGGGCUGAUUUAAAGGAGCGCAGAGCAAUGGAUCAAUCAGAGGUUAAGUUUUUUGUGAAUUCUCUUCGUUCGACGUUGUCAUUUCUAGAGGAAAUUCGUGUACCAACUAUUGCUGUUAUUGAAGGAGUAGCUCUUGGCGGUGGACUUGAAAUGGCUUUGGCAUGUGAUAUUCGAAUAUGUGGAGCAAAUGCUCUGAUGGGUUUGCCAGAGACAGGACUUGCUAUAAUCCCUGGGGCAGGUGGAACGCAGCGACUACCUAGAUUGGUUGGGAAAGCAAUAGCAAAGGAUAUUAUUUUUACUGGUCGAAAGAUUAAUGCCAUCGAGGCGCUAUCCAUGGGUCUUGUCAAUUACUGUGUUGCUGCUGGAGAAGCUCAUUCCAAAGCACUUGAAAUUGCUCGGGAUAUCAAUCAAAAGGGCCCUGUAGCAAUAAGGAUGGCUAAAAGAGCUAUUAACGAGGGCGUGGAAACAGAUCUAAGAUCGGCGUUGGUUUUGGAAGAAGAUUGCUAUGAUCAGGUGUUGAAUACCAAAGAUCGACUGGAAGGCUUGGCUGCAUUUGCUGAAAAGCGGAAACCAAGGUACACCGGUGAGUGA